GGAAAUAAAUGGAUUUUUCUGACAAAAAAAUGAAAACCAAACUCAAGAGAAAGUUAGAUAAAAUUGAGAAGAAAAAACUGAAAAGGAAAAAUAACAAAAUGAGAUCCAAAAUAGCUAAACUGGCACAAGCUACUAAAGCAGCAACAGCAUCGUCAAAUUUUCCAUCUACAGAAACUGUCAAAACAGAAGUUCCUGAGCCAACAGUCACAAGUAGACCACCUAAGCCCAUUUUCAACAGUGAAGGUCGCAUGGUUUUCAGCAAAUUUGAUUUUACUCCAUCACAUAUCCUGAAAAAAAUCACCUUAGAUCCAAAAGCAGCAAUGAUUAAAAUUAAGAAAACCAAAGAAAAGGUUAAAUUCCUGGAGGCUAAAGGAGAUAUUGAAAAAGCAAGAAGUAUUGAAGAACAACAAGCAUGGGAAGGUGCUCUUCUAAGGGCUGAAGGUGUCAAGGUGAAAGACAAUGUGGAAUUGCUUGCUAAAUCUAUUAAGAAAAAGGAUAAAAUGAAAUUACAAAGUAAAAAGAAGUGGGGUGAACGCGUUGAAGCUCAGGAAAAGAAAAAGGAAGACGUACAGAAGAAAAGAAAUGCCAACAUUAAGAAGAAGAAGAACGAAAAGAAGGAACAUAAAUUGAAUAAACUAGCGAACAAAGGCAAAUUUAUCGUAUGAAUGACCCGACACCGAUUCGUGGAUGAGCUGACCAGCUGACCUAUGUCCUAUCGUGUGCAAGCCGUGUCGUGAUAGUUUUGUAUAAAAAUACACUGGCAUGCCUUCCAUGGUUGUGGACAAAAUUUUAAAAA